AUGUCGCGGUGUGCGCUGGGUACUGUAGUUUUCGUUGGCGGCGCGGCGGAGGAUGCCCUCCCGCUCCUUAAAAUCACUCUCAAGGAAAGAGGCAAGGUCCCUGUCCCGCAGAGCCUCAGUUCAGGCCGUAAAAGAGACCUAUCUGCACAAUUGGCAUGGUGAUUUCCCCCUGGAAACUGAUACACAUAGGAAAAAACACAUGGAGAGGCUUGCAUCUCUUCCCCAGCCCUCAUGUCAUUUUCUGAUCCAGCUCACCCUGGAGCAAGCUGGUGCAAAAGAUCUAAAUGACUGACUGGUAAAGCUAGAAACUAAUACUCAGUGAGGUUGCAGCUUAAUUGCACAGCCUGCCGGCUUUGUGUCUUUCCUGUCCCCUGUGAGUCUUCAUUUCUUUUUCUUCUCCUGCCUAAGUUCAAGAGGAAGUACAAAGCCAGGUGAUAAGAACUCUAUUCCAGGGACUGAGGGGGUGUGUGUUUGAACCUUCUUAGUGAUGCUGAGCUUGGGUUCUUUGAGUUUGGGGCUCUGACCUACUGGAAGAGUUGGCCAGCUUCUUGGUGGGCCUUACCUUUUGUGAAGGAUAAAGGUCUCUAGGGUGAUGCUCAUUCUCUGCUGACUAACUGCUCUGGAAGUUGACUUGUCUUCACUCUAUCCUCAUGUCCUCUCCACUUGGAUACACAGAGUGAUCAGCUUGUUUUUGCUUUCAUGUUCUUACUUCAUAUAAGUUCAUUCUUCCUUCUUUACAAUAGCAGACAAUGGUUGCUGAAGGAAAUUAUGCUCCAUGUUCUGGAAUUUUUAAGGAUUUCACGAAUUGUUUCCAAAAAACCUGAGCGUAUGAUAAGCCUCACAGAAGAAAUAUCUAGCUUGUGAAUGGCUUGAAGUCUUUUGAGAACAGGUUUUUGACUCUUGUAUUAGAGACAAAAUAAAAGGAAAUGUCACCUCUUGGAAUUUCGGUUUUUAAUGGAAGAUCUUGCUGGGCAGCAGAGGGCCUACAUGACAUUUUCUAUGUCAGUGCAAAAAAAGACAGGCUGCUUCUGCUAGAUUUGAGCCUCCUAAACUGGGAUUGCCACCAGAAGUUCUUCUCAAGCUGCAUCCCUAAAUAAAAGUUGCUAGGAUACCACUUGUGGGAUGCACAAAUAACACUGACUUUCAAAACAAAUGGCUGAAACUUAAUUUUUACUCACACUAUGUUAAAAAUCGGUUACAUUUUAUUUGAACAUAUGCUACAUGGCUUGUUCAUUUUACUUGCUCCCAUAUAAAACUUCAUGCUGUAUAUUAUUAAUUUAUUUUUUUUUAGCUGAAAGUAGUGUUACAAUAUGUUCCUUCAGGGGAAAAAAAUAAGUGGUUCUUUGAGUUGCCAGCAUGGUGAGUUACUUUAGCUGGCAAGAGUGUCCCUGGAUCUUCACACCUGUCCUAGUUUUAAGCAGUAGGCUUAGCAGAGCAGGAAAGUGCAUCAUGCACCUUGUUGUUUCAUGCUGUUGAUAUUCAUAGGACUAUACAUAGCCUCAUUUUUAUGCAUAGCCAAAAUGUGUACCCUCAUUUUUAAAUAAAAAGAGAAUGGUUACAGUCUUGAGUAACAAAUAGAUUUUAACUGCAAAAAAUAUGUAGGAUGGGACAGAAUUCAUUUUGCAUGUUCAGAAACAACAGGCUCUGCUGCUUCUGCUCUGCAAAGGUUUUACUCUUCACUCCUAGACCAUAUAUCUGCAUGCGAGUUUCUGUCCCCUCUUCCCGGCUGGAGUGGCUGGUCUUUCUUGUUCAUUGGCUAGUUGCAGUGUCGUCAGUGGGGCGGUAGUACUGGGACAGGGGUACUACUUUUGAACUGGAGGCUGCUUAUCUCCUUUUUCUUUGCACAUCUGAACUCUUGAGCACUACUUUCCUCCGACUGCCGGCACAUAGGGUAGGACUAAUGGCUGAUCAAGUGCUUGUGAUUGGCAGUGGAGGGAGAGAGCAUGCGCUGGCCUGGAAGUUGGCCCAGUCUCCACAUGUAAAACAUGUGUUUGUUGCACCAGGAAAUGCAGGAACAGCUGACAGUGGAAAAAUUUCAAAUUCAGCUAUUUCAAUCAGCAAUCAUGCUGCACUCGCCCAGUUCUGCAGAGAUCAGGAGAUCAAGCUGGUUGUGGUUGGUCCAGAGGUUCCUCUUGCUGCUGGGAUUGUUGAUGAUUUGACAGCAGCUGGAGUAAGGUGUUUCGGUCCAACGGCAAAGGCAGCUCAGCUGGAGUCCAGUAAGAGCUUUACCAAAGCCUUUUUGGAUCGUCACGAAAUCCCAACUGCAAGAUGGAAAUCUUUUACUGAUCCCAAAGCAGCAUGUAGCUUUAUUAACAGUGCAAACUUCCCUGCUUUAGUUGUAAAAGCUAGUGGCCUGGCAGCUGGCAAAGGAGUAAUCGUGGCUUCAAACAAGGAAGAAGCAUGCAAAGCUGUUACUGAAAUCAUGCAGGAUAAGACUUUUGGCACAGCUGGGGAAACCGUUGUUGUUGAAGAACUUCUUGAAGGAGAAGAAGUUUCUUGCUUAUGUUUCACUGAUGGCGUCACAGUUGCUUCCAUGCCUCCAGCCCAGGACCACAAGAGAUUAAUGGAUGGAGAUGAAGGCCCUAAUACUGGAGGGAUGGGAGCUUAUUCCCCAGCACCUCAGAUAUCUAAAGAUUUACUGCAGAAAAUAAGAGAUACUGUUCUUCAAAAAACUGUUGAUGGCAUGAGGAAAGAAGGUGUCCCCUAUUUUGGUGUGCUUUAUGCUGGGUUAAUGCUUACCAAAGAUGGACCUAAAGUUCUCGAGUUUAACUGCAGAUUUGGUGACCCAGAAUGUCAGGUAAUUCUUCCACUAUUGAAAAGUGAUUUGUAUGAAGUCAUGCAAGCAGUUAUCAAUAAAAGGUUGUCUAGUUCCAUGCCAGUGUGGCUUGAAGAUGGUGCAGCUGUGACGGUGGUCAUGGCUAGCGAAGGGUAUCCAGGAACAUAUCCCAAGGGUUUGGAAAUAACAGGACUUUCUAAGGCUAAGCAGCUAGGACUGGAGGUGUUCCAUGCAGGCACAGCCCUGAAGGAUGGCAGAGUGGUGACUAGUGGAGGAAGAGUCCUUACAGUAACUGCUAUUAAAGAAGAUCUUAUGACAGCACUGCAAGAAGCCAACAAGGGAGUUGCAGCUAUACACUUCAGGGGUGCCAUUUAUAGAAAGGACAUUGGUUAUCGGGGUAUAGCUUUCCUGACACAAUCCAGAGGCCUGACUUACAAAAACAGUGGAGUAGACAUUGCAGCAGGGAAUACUUUGGUUCAGAAAAUUAAACCGCUAGCUUCAGCUACAUCAAGGUCAGGCUGCAAUGCGGAGCUUGGAGGGUUUGCUGGCCUCUUUGAUUUGAAAGCAGCUGGUUACAAAGAUCCUAUCUUGGUAUCUGGAACUGAUGGUGUUGGCACAAAACUCAAGAUUGCACAAGUGUGUAAGAAACAUGACACCAUAGGUCAAGACCUGGUUGCCAUGUGUGUGAAUGACAUCUUGGCUCAAGGAGCAGAGCCCCUCUUCUUCCUUGACUAUUUUGCCUGUGGCAGACUUGACGUGGAAAUAGCUCAGGGUGUCAUUGCAGGAAUAGCUGAAGCUUGCAAAAAAGCAGGAUGUGCACUUUUAGGAGGAGAAACUGCUGAAAUGCCAGGCAUGUAUCCACCCGGAGAGUAUGACCUGGCUGGCUUUGCUGUUGGUGCAGUGGAGCGAGGGCAGAUGCUGCCUCAGCUGGAGAGAAUCACUGAUGGAGAUGUGGUCAUUGGAGUAGCUUCUUCAGGGGUUCACAGCAAUGGAUACAGCCUUGUAAGGAAGAUUGUGGAAAAAUCAUCAUUUGAUUUCUCUUCUCCGGUUGAUGUCUCUGGUUAUCAGACAUUAGGAGAUCUCUUGUUAACCCCAACGAAAAUCUACAGUAAGACUCUGUUGCCUGUCCUCCGCUCAGGCCAUGUGAAAGCCUAUGCUCACAUCACUGGAGGGGGCUUGCUGGAAAAUAUCCCCAGAGUUCUCCCAGAGUCCUUUGGUGUUGUUUUAGAUGCUCUUACUUGGAAGAUUCCUGAAAUCUUUUGCUGGCUCCAUAAAGAAGGGAACCUCUCUGAGGAAGAAAUGACUCGGACAUUUAAUUGUGGCAUCGGUGCUGUCUUGGUAGUUCAGAAGGAGCUGGCUCAGCAGGUCCUCAAGGACAUAGAGAGACAUGAGGCAGCGUGGCUGAUCGGGAAAGUUGUCUCCCUUCAAAAAGGCUCUGCCCAUGUUAAAGUCCAUAACCUGCUUCGAGCCUUGCAGGCAAAUAGGUCAUUGUCUCUGCGCAGCCAUAUCCAAGGCAAAAUCCCUACAAAGAAAGUGAAGGUUGCUGUCCUUAUCUCUGGAACAGGCACAAAUCUGGAAGCCCUUAUAAGCAGCACAAAGAAACCCACCAGUUUUGCGCAAAUAGUUCUUGUUGUUUCUAACAAAGCUGGUGUGGAGGGGUUAAGGAGAGCUGAGAGAGCUGGUAUUUCUACAAGGGUUAUUGACCAUAAAUUGUAUGAAAGUCGCACUGAAUUUGAUAGUGCUGUUGACAAAGUCCUUGAAGAAUUCUCAGUUGAACUGAUCUGUCUGGCUGGAUUUAUGAGAAUACUGUCAGGUCCUUUUGUCAAAAAAUGGGAAGGAAAAAUACUGAACAUCCACCCAUCUCUGCUGCCUUCUUUUAAGGGUGCAAAUGCCCACAAAUUGGUGUUACAGGCUGGAGUGCGGGUCACAGGCUGCACUGUACACUUUGUAGCUGAGGAAGUUGAUGCUGGAGCAAUCAUUUUCCAAGAGGCAGUUCCAGUUAAGGUUGGUGACACAGUGGAGACCCUGUCUGAAAGGGUGAAGGAGGCUGAGCACCGAGCCUUCCCUGCUGCCCUGCAGCUUGUUGCCAGUGGGGCUGUGCAGGUUGGAGAAGCCGGCAAGAUCUACUGGAAGUAGGAGCAUCACGUCCGCCAGUGUCCUUAGCUGGGGCAGCUGGAUGCCUUAAUUGAUAGAAACAGAAGUCACAGACUAGUAACACGGACGCUGCAUUCUCUUCACAUAGUGUUUUCAACAUAGAGUUUACCAUGUCAUGUUCUCACUCAAAUGAAUAGAGAUUCAAAGGAAAAUCUGGAGAAAGCCACAAGUGGGAAUAUUGAGGAAGGGGGCUGUUCUCAGUAGUUUCACUGAUGGCUCUGUUACAUGUUUCCUAAGUAUAAUCACUUUAUUUGCCAUCAUUUGGGCUCUCAAUCAAUUUCUUGACAAACAAAAAACCCAUUCUCUUGGUUACAGAGAGAUCUGAGCAUCUCUCAGGUUGACUUGGGAACAUCAGUAUUACUGUCUAACAGACCAUAUGGGCUAUAACAGAGGACCCUCUUCUCAUGUGCUGUGGAGUGUUUGUGGGGAAAAGUAAUGGAAAUGUGAGAGACAGCUAAAGGCAAAAACUUUACUCAUAAAAAUCUCUAGCCAAAACAAGAACUGUCCUCCCAAAACACUAAGUAUUCCUGCAGGUAAUAAAAUUGACUUUUUCCCAUAUAGUUUCUAUUUCAAUGUUGGUAGAUUUUGUCUGGCCUAGGUUCUGGAAAUAGCCCGUAAUUUCAGGCUUUGGACCUGCUGUCAGGUGCUGAAUAGACUUAAAUGUCCAAUGACUAUUUGCCCUUGAGCCAUCCCCAUGUGAAUCCACAUACAAAUUUGCAUCAGAGAUUUAUUCAGAGACAACAUUUUGGCUUUUUUUCUUUUUAACAAGCAGACAGAGGGUUAGGACUAGAUACAGAAUGUGUUCUGGCUUGUGAGACAUGCUUCAGCAAUUCUGCUGAAGUUAAGUGCCUUUAUUCUUGGACCAGUAUUUUCAAUUGAAAUAUUGAUGGAUUUUCACUGAUGGAAACAAUAAGGGUUUUGAACAGCUCAAUUCUGGUGAAAAAGCACCUGGUUUUUUUUUGAUAUUUUAAUAUUAGUUGUAGAAACAUUUAAAUAUAUUUACUAAAGUAAUCUGUUUUCCCCCAUACAAUCCAGAAGCAUCUGACUGAAGCUGAUUAUGUAUGUUUCAGAGCUCUCCUUUAAUACAGAGAAAGCUAAUUUGUGUUCUGUGCACUGAAGUCCUUAUGGUACUUCCAUGUUAACAUAAUCUCAAUUUGGAUUUGAAAUCAUGUUUAAUAAAGUUAAAAGUUUAAGCAUCAA